CUCUCUCUCUCCUCUCUUCACUCUCAAAUCACGCCGCCCUCCUUAGGGGUGAAAACCCUAACUCUGAUUCUUCCCUCCGCCGUCCUUCUCCGAUCUUAAGUCCGCCGUGAUGCAGCCUUCCUUCGGUUGGAAGGAAUACCUGAGCGACGAAGUUAUUCCCGACACCGAAGACGAUCGCUAGUUGUGGGGUGAUCCGCCGCCGGUGUAUUUUCCCUUCUCCAUGUCGGAGACGUUGCCGACGUCGCCCGAGGAGUGUGGUGGUGGCGCGUCAGAGAGCGAGGAGCUUCGAGAGUAUGUGGUAGAUCGGAGUCCGACUCCUUCGUUCCGACCUCCGAUUAUCGAACGCCCUUGCCCCGCAAGGAUGAAAAAGUAUGUUUCUCCCCCUUCACCUCUGUGUUCGACUAAUUCCUCUGAAAUUGAGAAAGAUAUUGACCUUCUCUAUUAUGAAUCUUGGGGAAAUGAAUUUCUGAGCGAGCAAAACCCUAGAUUUGGGGCAAAAUCGGACCAAUCGAAGGUUUUGGAGUUGAAAUAUGAGGAAUCAAACGAAUGGUGGCACACUGCAUCGGAAGCCCACCUUAAACUGCUAGCCAUUUUUUGCCCAAUGAUGUUUCGGACCAUAUGCGAGAAAUGGUCCGCCGGCAGACAUGAAACUUCUCUUCUAUAGCUUUCAUCUUGCCUCUUGGUGGCUUCCCAUUCUUGCACUCUAAAAGCAAGAAUUGAAGGAUUGAAAACCUCUCCUCUGUUGUCAAGUCCUUUCUUCUUCUUUUUUUUUUUGGGUCAUUUAGUGCAAGAAUGAAUGUGGUACAAUAAAUGAAACCAUGACUCUCUAUUUAUUGCAUUCUAUCAUGUGUGGGCAUUUUGAAUUUUCAGAUUUGAUUAUAAGCAAA